UCCCGAAUGAAAGGAGACAUGUGCCUCUGCUACUCACCCGCUUGCGUUCCCAAACCCUAAACCCCCUUUCCCUUCCACCCUCCCACGAUAUAUGCGCUCCAUGUUGAGGUCUAUCCUUCCCUUCCACAUCUCUUCUCCUCCGCCUCCUUCCCAUCACCACCUUCUUCUCAAACCCUCCCCACCUCUCCUCCUCCCUUCGUUUCGCACGUUCCACUCCCCCAAAUCGUUGGCCAAAUCACCUUUCGUCCGCCUCCCAAAACCUGCCACCCAUUUCACCUCCUUCAGACCCUAUUGUAGAACGCCCCCCGGAGAUCAUGAGUCCGAUAUGCAAUCGCGCCCUUGCUGCGGCGAGAUCCAUGUGAUCGUCGGCCCGAUGUUCGCCGGAAAGACCACCACUCUCCUCCGUCGAAUCCAAGCCGAAAGGAAUAACGGAAGAUCUGUGGCCAUAAUUAAAUCCGACAAGGACACAAGGUAUGGGGUGGAUGCAAUUGUGACACACGAUGGUACGAGAAUGCCAUGCAUGGCUCUGCCAGCGCUUUCUAUGUUCCGAGAAAGACUAGGAGCCGAAGCAUAUGAUAAGUUGGAUGUGAUAGGGAUUGAUGAAGCCCAGUUCUUUGAAGAUCUUUAUGAUUUUUGCUGCAAUGCAGCUGAUCGUGAUAGGAAGACUGUUAUUGUUGCAGGCUUGGAUGGUGACUACCUAAGAAGGAGAUUUGGCUCGGUGCUUGACAUCAUUCCGCUAGCUAAUUCAGUUACCAAGCUUACCGCAAGGUGUGAGUUGUGUGGUGGACGUGCAUUCUUUACCUUGAGGAAAACAAAGGAAAAACAAACAGAACUAAUUGGUGGAGCUGAUGUUUAUAUGCCUGUAUGUAGACAGCACUACAUAGAUGGACAGAUUGUUUGGGAAGCCACAAGGAUUGUGUUGGAUAUGGAACGUCCCGUGGUAGUUUAGACUAUGAAGUUGAUGCCAUUUGAGCGUUUCAUGUACCUCGAUUCACAUAUUUGUAUGUCGUAUCGGCUUGUUGCUCUGCUUUUUCCCCAAGAUGUCUGUGUAAUUAUAUUACUGAACAUGUGCAUGGGUUGUAAUGGAUGUUGAUUCCAUGGGUUAAAAUCGGAUGGAAUAAUCAAACUGAUAGCCUGGAAACAA